GUUUUUAAGUUAGUGUGGAGUAGGAGUGGGGUUGGUCGCAAUAAAAACGAGGCUUUGGAAGCGAAAACUGCUCACUUUCUUCUUCUUCUUGUUCUUUGGUUUUUGCCUGGUCAGGUCAUCAAGUCACGCUCUGGACCAAUUGGUAAAGUUGGUGAAGAAACUUUCGCUUGAAAUGAGUGCUAGGAGUCUAGGAUCGGGAUAAUUGCGUUUCCAGUGCAAUUUCUGGCCUGGGAAGGAUACAUGCUGAAAAGACAACAUUGUGAAAUGAGCAUCAGGAAAUUGGUAUAAAACCAGUCCUAUUUUGAGUUCUGCUUUUGAAAGUUUCAUUCAUGAUUGGAAAGAUGGGUGAGGGGCCAAAAUUUACCGGACUUAUAGGAGGAAAUAACAACGGUGAUAACAAUUAUUAUGAUUUCACUCAAGUGUUUUACCAAAAACUUGGUGAGGGUACAAACAUGUCCAUUGACAGUUUGCAGACUAGCAAUGCCGGUGGGUCUGUCUCUAUGUCGGUAGACAACAGCAGUGUGGGUUCCAAUGAUUCUUUGACUCACAUUUUAAGCCACCCAGGUUUGAAGCCUGUGAGCCAUAACUACUCAGUGGGGCAAAGCGUGUUCCGUCCGGGUAAGGUGACCCAUGCUCUUAAUUACGAUGCUUUAGCUCAAGCAUUGAUGGAUGAUAGGUAUCCAACUGAAGGACUGGAGAAUUAUGAUGAGUGGACGAUUGAUUUGAGAAAACUUAACAUGGGUACUGCUUUUGCCCAAGGGGCUUUUGGGAAAUUAUAUAGAGGAACAUAUAACGGGGAGGAUGUUGCCAUUAAGAUAUUGGAGAGGCCUGAGAAUAGUCCAGAUAGGGCACAAGUUAUGGAGCAACAGUUCCAGCAGGAAGUAAUGAUGCUUGCAACAUUGAGGCAUUCAAACAUUGUGCGGUUCAUUGGAGCAUGCCGUAAGCAAAUGGUCUGGUGUAUCGUCACAGAGUACGCUAAGGGAGGGUCAGUUCGGCAAUUUCUAACAAGAAGGCAAAAUCGGGCAGUGCCACUUAAGCUGGCUGUUAAGCAGGCACUGGAUGUGGCCAAGGGGAUGGCAUAUGUGCAUGAACUUGGGUUUAUCCAUAGAGAUUUGAAGUCGGAUAACCUUCUGAUAUCUGCAGAUAAAUCUAUAAAGAUUGCAGAUUUUGGUGUUGCUCGAAUUGAGGUCCAAACGGAGGGAAUGACACCAGAGACAGGAACAUAUCGUUGGAUGGCUCCAGAGAUGAUCCAGCAUAGGCCCUAUACACAAAAAGUGGAUGUCUAUAGCUUUGGGAUUGUCCUUUGGGAGCUCAUUACGGGUUUGCUUCCCUUCCAGAACAUGACUGCAGUACAGGCAGCAUUUGCUGUGGUGAAUAAAGGCGUAAGGCCAGUUAUUCCAAAUGACUGCCUCCCUGUGCUUAGUGACAUCAUGACCCGCUGCUGGGACACCAACCCGGAAGUUCGUCCACCCUUCACUGAGAUUGUGAAAAUGCUUGAGAAUGCUGAAACUGAGAUCAUGACUACAGUGCGCAAGGCUCGCUUCAGGUGUUGCAUGACUCAACCAAUGACAGUGGACUGAUCCAGAAUAGAAGACCAAAGAAGAAAUGAUAAAAAGGAUAUAAAUGAAAUUGAAAAAAGAUAAAACAGAAGCAGUAAGAAUUUUACAUAUAAGUUUGUGUAUGUAUCAGUACUUUCUUUAAAUAUUCGAGAUAGGGAUCAGGUAACUAUUAUACUGCUGGUUUCUGGAUAUUGAUGACAAUUGUAAUGGAAUGGUGGUGUUGAAGGUAGUUUCUCAGAUCUAGUAGAAGGGAGCUUUGAUGAAUGCUUCCCUCUGUAACUAUGUAUAUGGAUUGGAGCCUGCCAUUUUCAUUGAGGUUUGAUUGUUCUUGUUUUUAUAACAGCUGCAGGUUCAUUAUGUUGGAUCAAUUAUACCUCUUUUUCCGA